AGGAUGCCCAGCAGCCUGAGGUACUGAGAGUGGAGACUCUUGCAAGCAACAGGGCUGCGCAGACACACAGGACAUCUUCAAGGAGGGAACGUGGUGCUGUGACCCUGUCACAAGACUGAGCGAAUAUGAAACACGCCCUGCUGCUGCCCCUUCUCCUGCUGGGGACCAUUGCUGCUUUUCAUCUGGAGAAUCAUGCUCCCCACCUGGACAGCCAAGACACACAGGCAGACCUGAGCCAGGAUCUGGAAGGUUCAGGAGAUCAGGAGGGAGAGUUGGCCCAGACUAAAGAGGAGAUUCAGUCAGAAGAAGAGCAGGUGGAGGCUUCUGGCUACCAAAAUGACUGUGAGGAGGAGAAGGCCAUGCAGUGGGACCCAAGUGCCCUGGACAACGACUUGCAGUGCCCCAAGACCGAGGACACAGUUGAGAUAGUGGGCAGUCCUGGGUGCAAGACCUGCCGCUACAUCUUGGUGCAGACCCCCCGAAGGUUUCGCGUAGCUCGGCGAAUCUGCUCAGGGUGCUAUGGAGGCAACCUCGUCUCCAUCCACAGUUACUGCUCCAACUAUCAUCUCCAGUGCAUGGCCAGGGGAGUCAACGGAGGCCAGGUCUGGAUUGGAGGCAAAGUCUGUGGCUCGGGGCCUUACUGGCUUGACGGGAGCUGCUGGAAUUAUUCGAACUGGGCUGCAGGACAGCCUAACUGUGGGGAUGGCAGCUGCAUACUUCUAUGCACCAGAGGUGAUGGGGACUGGGCACCAGGGUAA